GAGGCGAGGAGUGUUCCGAGGAGGCCCUCAACCUCCACCAACAACAAUCCCCUGUCAAUUAAUUUCUUUCAUUGUUUUUCCACUGUUUUUUAUAUAAUUGUGUAAAAAAAAUGGUGCGAGCAAACGUCAAUAAUGCUCCGUCUGUAUAUAUGGUGGAUUUUCUUGGUACUCAGUGAGUGAGUCCUACUUCUUUGAGGCACAGACAACCCACGGUGUAUCAUGCUUUUAAUUGACAUGUCAAUUGUAUUAAUACCGAGAUAAUGCGAAAAGUUCAUGUGUCGGGGGAAUGACGUUCAUCGAUUCACGUCUGGUACGUUGUUAUUGGCAAACGCACGAAAGCCAUCAGCUACCAUGGGUGGAAGUCACUCCAGGAGCUUUCCAGGACCUGGGGAAGAGGUUAAUUUCGAUCACUUUCAAAUUCUCCGAGCGAUCGGCAAAGGAAGUUUCGGUAAAGUCUGCAUUGUGGAGAAACGAGGUAAAUCGGGGCAAAUGUACGCGAUGAAAUACGUCCGUAAAACAGAGUGCGUUGAGAGAGGUGCACUUAGAAAUGUUCUUCGUGAAGUUGAGAUUCUGUCUAAAUUAGAACACCCCUUCCUAGCCAAUCUCUGGUUUAGUUUUCAAGAUGAGGAAGACUUAUUCAUGGUGUCGGAUUUACUACUGGGGGGCGACCUGAGGUAUCACAUUCAGAAGAAAGUUCAUUUCUCAGAGUCAAGUAUCAUUCUCUUCAUUGCUGAGAUUGGCCUGGCCCUGGAUUACCUCAGGAGCAAGAGAAUUGUUCACAGGGACUUGAAACCGGAUAAUAUAUUGUUGGACGAGGAAGGGCAUGCACACGUUACGGAUUUCAAUGUGGCAACGACUCUGGAGGAAAAUCAAUUGGCGACUUCGGUAUCAGGAACGAGGCCCUACAUAGCUCCAGAAAUCUUCAUGUGCACGUGCGGUAGUUCUGGAGUUUUCGGAUAUGAUUACUCAGUGGAUUGGUGGAGUCUUGGGGUUCUUGCAUGGGAAACCCUCGAAGGAGUAAGACCUUUUCACGUACUCGCACAUACCACGCACUCCGAAGCCCUUCGCAUCAUGCAGGAUGGCAGACCAAUGCCCCCAUCAAACUGGAGCAAAACCACUGUUGAUCUGUUGGAGUCUCUCCUCACAUUCGAUCCUAAGAAUCGUCUGACCACUUUAGAGGCUCUUCAGAAGACCGAUGCCAUGCUUGCCUUCGAUUUCGAUGAGAUUCUGAAAAAGCAAGUGAAACCUGUAUUCACACCAUCCAAGGAUCACCUCAAUUGCGAUCCAACCUUCGAGCUCGAAGAGAUGAUCAUCGAGACCAGACCUCUUCACAAGAAAAAAAAGAGACUGGCCAAACAGCGAUCACUGAGGUGUCAGGAAAUCACUGAACAGACUGACUCGAGUUUGUCGAAUGGAAUUGAUUCAAUUAAACUUGCCUUUAUACCUGAAUAUUUAAUUUACAAUAGGGAACGAGAAAUUGAGCGCAGAGAGAGGGAGAUGAAAGAGGCUGAGUGGGAAGAGGAGCUCAGGCGAGCUAUGGCGCAUGCUGAAACCAAACUCAGAGAGACUGAUGUCGACAGACACCGCAUAAAUCGUCUAAGUCUCCGCUCUCGUCUGGAAUAUGUGUCUUCACGUAAAAAUAAACAAAACGAACAGGCCCAUUCGCUGGAUAUUGACUAUAUUGAUGUCACCCCAGAAUCGUCUACCUCUUAAAACCAAAAUCGUAGCUGUCAAUGUAUUUUUGAUCUUUGAAAAGCAAAAGCUGUGU